UCCUUUAUAUUAAUAGAAAUAUUUUAAUAUCUAGGAACCAAAGCAAAAGAAGAUGUAUUCGAUGUUGACAUUCGUCGACAAUGAGCCACCGCAAGAAGCAAUAGAUUUUUUCGUUAUGAGUACUAGAGCUUUUGCAGAGGAGAUUGCAAACUGGCCAGAAGCGAAAAAAUACUCGGAAAAAAUUGCUAAACUCCCCGAUCACAUAUAUCAAAUUCUAUUAGAUGCAACUAAACUCUCUGAGGAUGAAUUUAAUGUUAUUAAUCACGGUGAUUUUCACGUGAACAAUGUAUUGUUCAAAUAUGAUAAUGAUGGCAAACCCAUUGAUCCCAUUUUUGUGGAUUUCCAGGAGUGCGUAUACGCAUCACCGGCAGUCGAUCUUUUAUUUUUUUUCAAUACAAGUCUUUGCCUUGAUGUCAUUGAAAACAAGAGAGAUAUUCUAUUAAACGAAUACCUCAGCACCUUGUCGGCGACUAUAAAACAAUUGAACUGUAAGACGCAGCCGCCUAGCAUGGAGGAACUGAAGGCAAUCCUAAAGCGAAGGGCUGGUUAUGGAAUGAUGGCAUCCAUUACGAUUUUACCGAUGCUGCUGUGCAGUAAGACUGAAGCGACAGAUUUAGAUGAGAUGAUGGGCACUGGUAUUUGGAUUAAUCCAGGCCUAAAGAGCGAGAAUUAUAAAAAAAUAAUGUUAAAAAAAAUUCCACUAUUUGAUAAGUGGGGUUUGUUAGAUUUUUGAUAUUUGAUUUUUAAUGAUAAAAAUUUAAAAAAAUAGAAAUCUGGGAAAGAAAUAAAAAUAAUAGACAUAAAUAAUCGCAACAUAAAAAAUAGCGAAUGUAUUAAAAUUAAUAACAAUAGGUAUACGUGGAAUGUUCAUAUACUUGUUUAAAAAAGGAGACAUCAUGGUUCGUAUGUACGAAUUAAUAUAAUAACAUUGGUAAACUUGUUGAAAGUUUCUGAAAAACAAAAGUGAUUUCCCACUUUAAAAAAAGAUUUUUGUGCGCAGAAAACGAUGUUGCUCUUAGAAUUUAACGUAUCAUGUCAUUUAUGUUACUUUCGAGAAAAAUGAGGUUGUAAAAUCCUUAAAAACGCGGCAAUUUUUUAAAAACCUGUAUAGUGAACGAACUUUACGUACUAGAAAUUUCUAAAAGAUCUUAAAUAAAAGCUUAAACAUUGUACUCCAGCCCAAGUAUCUCCAAUAUUAUAAAAUUAUUUACCUGCAGCAAUGUGUGUUUGUAACGUUGUGUGCGCGUGUGCUCAUUUCGUCACUGCAUAUAUUGUUAGGGCGGAAAUCGAAAAACUUAACAGCAAAAAAUAUUACAUUUUAUUCAUGUACAAAAAAUAAU